AUGCAUACAUCUGCCGAUUCGGAGCGACGGCACGCGGCGAGUCACAUAGAUCUCAAAGUCAAAAAUUCGUUGACGGACAUCGAUGCUCGGGACAGCGCAGCGGCUGAUGUUUCAACCGGGAAAUUGGGGACAGUUCUCCACGGAAUCGAUAUCAACACGAAAUUGACCACCGGCCUUCUCGACACUCAUACGCACAUAGACUUCACUCUGAAUACUCAUAACUCGCAUGAGUCCUCCUGGAAAGACUUCUUCAAGAGGUUCUCAGCCCGGUUCCCGUCGUGCUACGAGGGUGCAAUCGCAGCCUUCUGUCAGCCAAAUAGUUUGACGUGUUCCUCACCGAUGCUCAACGAGGUUUUUCAGGACGAGCGGAUCUGGAUGACAUUCGGGAUACAUCCGCAUUUCUCAGACCAAUAUUCAGAAGACGCACUGCGCGCUUGUUUGCACAAAUUCAAAACGAAAAUCGUCGCUUUAGGAGAAAUCGGACUAGACACUUCGAAAAAGAACCAUGUCAGCUUAGAGGUACAGAAAGAAGUGUUCCGGAGUCAAGCCGAGAUCGGAAUCGAGAACGGUCUCCCCCUGGUGAUCCACACGCGUGUCCAUGACAAUAAUGAAGAAACUCUGAUGUUCAUGCGGAAAUUCGUCCCCAGACAUCAUAAGAUACACCGACACUGCUUCACAGGAACUUGGGACGAAGCAAACGACUGGCUCAGCCAUUUCAAAAAUUGCUAUAUUGGAUUCACAACCUUAAUCAAUACGCAGUCCGAUCUUAUGAAGGUCGCAGCACGGAUCCCAUUCGAUCGAAUAUUGCUUGAGACGGACUCACCGUAUUUCAAGAAUGGACUCCCGAGUCUCCACGAUGGGGGUCGGCCGGUGGGAACCAUGCCCGGAGAUGUCAUCUACACGGCAGUGGGAGUCGCAAAAGCUCGCGGCAUCCCGCUCGAAGCCGUAAUCUGCCAAUGUCGGCUCAACGCUAAGAGCGUCUUCGGAAUUUGA